CAAGGCCACAUAUACGUGCACAAAGCAAGCCAAGAGCAAGUGAUCGAGCUCAUUCAAAGAACCAGAGAAACUUGGUAGCUAAGCAUGUCGAUUGUCAAGCGUGGCGCUUAUGGCUACGGCGGCUACGGCUACGGCCAGAGCAAACCCGUGAUGAACUACCACACCACAAACUCCGACUCCGUGACCACCGUUGUGACGGAGAUCAGCCGGCUGAGCGUCAACGAGAAGCCUCCGUGCACCGGCGCCAUGGUGCAGAAGCACGCCACCCUGGAGGAGGUGUGCGAGGAGAAAGUCGGAGGGUACUCUGCCCACCACGGCGGCGCCGCGGAGAAGCACGGCUACGGUGAGCAGAAAGCGUACCAAUACGGAAGCGGCGUCGGAGGCUACGGCUCUCCCCACCACGACAGCACCGGCGCGGCGAAGCACGGCUACGGCGAGCAGAAGACGUCGUACUCGUACCAGCAUGGGGUUGACGCCGGAGGGUACGGCUCUCCCCACCACGACAGCACCGGCGCGGCGCAGAAGCACGGCUACGGCGAGCAGAAGGCGUCGCACUCGUACCAGCAUGGGGUUGACGUCGGAGGGUACGGCGCUCCCCACCACGGCAGCACCGGCGCGGUGCAGAAGCACGGCUACGGCGAGCACCAGGCGUACCAGUACGGAGGCGACGCCAAAGGGUACACCGCUGUGCACCAUGAGAGCACAGUCGAGAAGCAUGGCUACGGGGGGCAGAAGGCCUACCAGCAUGGAAGCAACGUCGUCGGAGGGUAUGGCCACGACAGCGCCGCGCAAAAGCACGGCUAUGGUGGGGAGAAGGCGUACCAGCAUGGGAGCAACGUCGUUGGAGGGUAUGGCCACGACAGCGCCGUGCAAAAGCAUGGCUAUGGCGACCAGAAGCAUGGGAGCAACGCCGGAGGGUACGGGGCUGUCCCCUACGACACCACGGUCCAGAUGCACGGCUACGGCGAGAAGGCGUAUCAGCAUGGGGGCGACGCCGGGGCGUACGGUGCUCUCCACAACGACACCACCGCCCAGAAGCAUGGCUACGGCGAGCAGAAGGCGUACCAGCACGGGGGCGCCGCCGGAGGGUACGGUGCUCACCACCAUGACAGCGCGACUCAGAAGCACGGCGCCUACGGCAGGCACGGGAUGUACCAGCAUGCCGGCGACGGCUACGGCGAGCACAAGGCGUACCAGCAAGGUUGCGUCGACGGCGCCGCAGGGUACGACGGCCUCCUACAGAAGACCCCGGCGCAGAAGCAGUACGGCUACGGCGGCGGGCACAAGACGACUUACAACGACGUCGGAAGCUUUGACGCUCUUGUCCAGAAGAACGCGAUGCAGAAGCAGAAGCACGGCCACGGCGCGUACCAGCCAGGGUGUGACGGCGUCGCAGGGUUCGACGCUCUCGUCAUGAACAAGGAGAUGCAGAAACAAGCCUCCCUACCACGCCCGUGCGAGAGCGACGAGGACAGUGACUGCAGUGAGGACGAGAGCGACUGCGAGGAGCAGGCCUAUGGCGGGAAGCACGCCGGCGGCGGCAACAAGCUAGGCACCACGCACCAAUACAGCGCAUACCAGCAACACGGCGGCGGGGGCCACUACGAGUCGUACCAGAGCACCACCACUCAGGGCUACUCCGGUGGCGGCUACGGCGGGUUGGCAAAGCCCGGCUACUUCUGAGCUGCACAGAUGCUCCUGCAGUCCUGCCCGUCUACAACAAGUCGAUCGAGUCGACGUCCGCAUACAUCUUAUCAUGGUCGCGCAUGUAUGCAAGUAAUCCUUGGAACAUGUAAGCUAAGUGUUUAAAUAAGAGGUACAACUAAACUGAUGCUCUGCAUCCACCACAAGUGUCGGUACAAUAAAUAUAUUACACAAGUUUCAUUAUUA